AUGCAUAAAAAUAAUAUAAAAUUGAUAGCUAUUGAUAUUGAUGGAACAUUAGCUAAUUACGAAAAUAGAGUCAGUAAUGAAAAUCUUCGUGCAAUGCAUAUUGCUAAAAAGCUAGGAAUAAAUGUUAUUUUAGCAACAGGAAGAUCGCAUGGUUAUGCAUUACAAAUAUUUGAUCAAGAUCAAAUUGAUCAAUAUAAAAUGGAUAAAUAUGAUGGUGUGUUCUCAGAUGGUGCCUCUGUUUAUAUAAAAGGAAACAAUUUUGUAUACAGAAAGUUUAGUAAUAGGGAUUUUGAUACAUUAAUGUUUGCAUUAGCACAUUAUAAUCUUUUUAAUUAUGCAGUCUUUAUAACAAAAGAUAGUGCAUAUGUGGUUGUUGAAGAUCCAAAUUUGCCAAAUAUAUUAGUUAAAGAACAUGAAGGUAUAAAAUCUUCAGUUAAAUAUAUAGUAACUUUAGAUCGAGGACUUGAAGCUAUAGUAUUAAAUAACAUUAAGGAUAUUUCAAGUAUCGGAGAUAUACUAAUAGUACAUAUAUACAGAGAAGUUUAUGAAGGGCAAGAACCUUUCAAUGAUUUUUUUAGAACAUUGCAUGAUGAGUUAAAACAAAAUUUUAAAGUUUAUAUUACAGAACAUAAUGAUAAAAUUGUCAUAUCACCAUUAAAUACAUCAAAACUAGUCGGAGUUGAAUUAUAUGCACGAUUAUAUAAUAUUAAUAUAAAUAAUAUUUUAUCAAUUGGAAAUGAUUUAAAUGAUGUACAAUUAUUAUCAUCAACAGGAUAUUCUGUUGCAGUUAAAAAUGCUAUCAAAGAAGUAUCCGAUAUUGCUAAAUGUGUUAGCACCAAAACAAAUGAUGAACAUUCAAUAGCAGAUAUUAUAUAUAAAGUAAUUUCUGGAAGAUUAUAA